CUUAUGCUUUCACUUGGGUUAAUGAGGAGACAUAGAAUACAUUGCGGGACGGUCUGAUUUUCUCAGUAAAUUUCAGGGGUCGGUUUCCAAUAAGAUAAGAAGAAAAUAAAGUGGCAUUUAUAAUUCCACAAAUAUAAGUUGCGAGUAAAAUAAAAUAAACAUUAAAAAGCAACUUAAUUAUUAUUUUUAUUUAUUUAGUUUAAGGUUAAUUCACAGCACGUUUCAGAAGUUGUACGAAAGAUGUGAAUACGACGUUUCUAUUGCAAGUGCAUCUUUUGCGUGCUUUUACAUGUAUCUUAUGCGUAGAUUUCCCUUACCAAAUAAACAUUUUAGAUUUGAAAUUAAAAUAACGUAACAAUGAAAAUCAAAUUAAAUUGUGCCUAUCAUUUGCAUGUAAUAAAUAGGAUUUUUACCACGACAGAAAAGUAAUGUAUGCAAAAUUGUUUAGGUUAGGAACUGAAAGAAGGAGAAAAAGAAAAUAAUGAGAGAGCGCUUCUGCUUUUAGACGUCGCUUUGACAAAUGAUAAUUAUUUUAUUUUAUUGCAUUUCACCGUGUAUAAAUGAUUAAGAAAAGUUUGAAACAGAAAAUACCUUGCCGGGACCAUAUUUCAUGACAAUGUUAUUCUGUGUUUCCUUGCUGAAGAUUGAUAGGGAUUUGCUUGCACAGAAACGCAUAAAUAGCGGCUUGGGUUGCAAAUCUCAUCAUAGAGAACUGAUCCAGUCUCCUGCUAGGACAAAUUCCAUUGGAACAAUGAAGCCUUGCGUUCUUCUUGUGCUGUUAGUGCUCUUUGCCGCUGUUAUCAUAGAAGACACAGCCGGGCAAAGUGUAGCACGUGCUUCGUGCAGCUGCUGUGGUAACGCGUGUAGCAGUGACCAUGGGGCUUGCAGUUGCAAUGGCUGCAGCUGUUCUGCAGCUGAUCACCCAAGAAAAAAGAGGGCCCCCUUCUCCAGCGUAAGCAUGACCAGUUGAACAUACGGAAGAAAACAGGAAACUCGUCACACAGCUAAUUGUGCAGCUCCUGCAUUUGGACAUUUUUGUGAAUUUUGAUUUCAACAAUAAGUGGUCACAAUAAAGAUUGUAGUAAA